UAGUGGUGGAGAGGUGAUGACCGUGAGGGGACGGACGGUGUGAUGUCGAGGCAAGGUGCUGAGACAGCAGAAGUGCCUCAGUCAUGUUUGUGGCUCACAGUCACUGUGCUGGCCUCUCAGCCUCAGGAUCAGGGUGGCCCCGUAGGGAGAGGGGGCACAGCUGUAAUUCUCCCCUCACGCUCAGAGAGGACCCUGACUCUCCCAGCCCUACACUUCUUGGCCAGGCUCCUGCCCUAUCUUUCUUUCUUCCUUUUCUUCCUCCCUUCCUUCCUGAGACAAAGUCUCUUGUAGCCCAGGCUAACCACAAACUAGGUAUGUAGCUGAGGAUGUCCUUGAACUUCUGAUCCUUCCCAGUGCUUAAAUCACAAGAGCGCAUCCUCACCCUGAGUUUAUGCAGUGCUGCGGGUUGAACCCAGGGCCUCCCGUGUGGCAGGUGGGAGAAACAAGAGCCUUGCUUUAUGAUAACAAAUUCAAGAGACUAGGGAAAGUAAAACAGUUUUUAACAGACGGUUCUGCAGAGCAGGGCACCAGCAUAGGGAAAAGGCUAAAAUGACUGGUAUAGGUUAGUCCCCAGCUCUUUAGGAUUCCCGUCCUGUGGGUUCGGAAUGCAAAGCCUCAUCUAGUGAAUAUCUGGGACUUGGUUACAAAGCUAACGCUUGCAACUUUCCAAGUCUGAGUUCCGAGACUGGCAGGCCAGCUGCCAGCCUGAGGGGUGGCGGGGAGAGACCUAGCACCCCUGCCUAGUUGCGAGUCUUAGCACUCUAAGCGCGUGACAUCAUUGGACUGGAAUAAUUUAUCUCUAUACAGGUAAGUGCUCUGUCAACUGAGCUGUAGCCCCAGUAUUUUUGUUUGUUUGUUUUGAAGCAGCCUCUUGCUCUGUAGCCCAGGCUAGCCUGGAACUCACUAUGUCAUUGGUACUAGCCCAGAAUGUGUAGUCUUCCUGCCUCGGCUUCCUGAUUGCUAGAAUUACAGGUAUGAGCUUCCAUGUUACCUUCCUGAACUGUCAUCUUGUUACCAUCACAAAGCGAGCACUGAGAAAAAAACACAUGUGUCAACAUGGCAGGCAGCCGUUGGGAGUGGCUGUGACUUCCUGGACAGAUGUUGGGAGGCCAGGGUGGAGGUGGGCUGUUGGCGUUCAGCAGCUGCCUGCCAGCAAGGAGCAAGAGAAGAGAGUGGUAGAGGGACAGGCUUCCCUGGCCUCCGCUCUGGAGACAGGCCCAGCCCUUCAUAGGGGUGCCAGAUAGGCGCAGGCCGUCAGUGGGAUUGGGGAAGAGGGGCCUCGUCUCCAAGGUUUAGGUGAGAAGAACAUGCGGAGAUGGACCUAGAGGACAGCUUUUGGGGGACAGGGUUUCUCAGUAUAAUCCAGGCUUGCCUGGAAUUCUCUAUGUAGCUCAGGCUUGCCCAGAACUCAUAAUCCUGCCUCAACAGCCUCCAGACUUCAACUAUUACCUGUGUGAUAGCACACCUAGCUAAACUUUUAAUUAAAGAUUGAAAUUGGCUCCUUUUUGUAAGUUUUACUCUCCGGUUAGACAAACCCUAGAUUUUAGUUGUUAACCAUACUUAGACUAUACCCACAGAAAGGUGGGUACACACCAUGUCACUAGUGAUUACGAGAAACAGCAUCCUGUGGUUCCCAGGGCUGGGGAAGCCUUUGGCAUCAAAACCAGGGAUACAUGAUCAGACCUGGCAGGGGCAGGGAGUGGGAGAGGAGGAUCAGCUGCUUGUGUGUCAGCCAGAGCCAACAGGUCCCGCUUUGCCCACUGCAUGCUCAGGCCUGUGGGGGGUGGGGGGUGAGGUGAGCAGACUAGCUCAGGGCCCGGGCUAGGCUGCAGUUAGAGGCCGGAUACACAGGGCUGGGAAAGUGACCUGGGGCCUCUGCCUGCCCCUCCAGCCCUUCUCAGUGCUUCUCUGGCUGCUGGUGCUGUAGAUGCUGUUUGAGUCAUUCAUGCUGUGUCUUUAAGAGGGUGGCUACAGGGCCUGUGAGUCUGUCCUUCCUGCUGCUGACGUCAGGACUGGGAAAGACUGAGAAAGAAGAUUCGAUUUCCUUUUCUUUGAAAGGGGAGGAGAUUGAAACUGAGUGGCCCCUGAUGAAAAGAGGGGAAGUCCUGGGCUGCGGGAGCCCCUUGAGUGAAGGCGGAGGCUAACAUGGGGUUUGGAGCGACGGUCGCCGUUGGCCUGACCAUCUUUGUGCUGUUCAUUGCCACCAUCAUCAUAUGCUUCACCUGCUCCUGCUGCUGUCUGUAUAAGAUGUGCCGCCGACCACGCCCUGUCGUGACCAACACCACAACCACCACCGUGGUUCAUACCCCCUACCCUCAGCCUCCAAGUGUGGCCCCCAGCUACCCUGGACCAACGUAUCAGGGCUAUCACCCCAUGCCCCCCCAGCCAGGAAUGCCAGCAGCACCCUACCCAACGCAGUACCCACCACCCUACCUGGCCCAGCCCAUGGGGCCACCAGCCUAUCAUGAGACUUUGGCUGGAGGUUCAGCUACACCCUACUCUGCCAGCCAGCCUCCGUACAACCCAGCCUACAUGGACCCCCCAAAGGCCGUCCCCUGAGCCUGCCUCCCACCUGUCUGACUGCCAUUUGAUUAUGUCAUGUGUGAGUGAGUGGUGCACAGAGCUCUCUGCUCUCUGUGGUGUGUGUGCCUUGUCUAAACAUGUGGCUUCCUCUGACGCUGACCAGGUAGGCACAAAUCCUUACCAGUGUGGGGUGGGACCAAUCUGCUUUCUUUCUCACUUGAAAUUAGACUUUCUGAAGUCUAAAGUAAACUAAAAACAUUGCGGGGAGGUAUUUCCCAGUUCACCCCAGGGUGACCAGCCAUGGCCUGUCAUACUUGGAGAGUAAGCUUUUUGUGGGCACAUGUCCUACUCUGGAGAGUAACCAGCUAGCUGCUGCUCAGGGCCAUGGCUUGUCCCCAGGGCUUGGCUGCAUUUUGCAGUGAGGCAGGUAGGUGGGCAGAACAAGGGACCUGGCUGAAGCUCGGUGCUAUGGGUCAGCUCCUGAUGUCAAAGCACAGCAGGCAGAGCCCCAUCUACCACCACCUGUUGUCUGAACUACUCAGUAUCGUCCCUGGGACUAUGUAGAGGGCCACGUGCACUCGCUAUUCAGUGGGGAUGCCUUUCCGCCUUUGCUGGCCUGGCUCCUGCCAUUAGACAAGGGGCCUCUGUCCGCCUCACGCUCCUGUUUCUCUCUGCAGUACCUUUACUUUUAGCCAAACAUUUUGCCUGUUUUCUAUCUCCAGAUGUGUGAUAGUUGGUGUGAGAUUGAAAUCCCUGGCUCCUGACCUCUGAGUCUGUUUCCCUUGACACCUGACUCCUGUAGAACAGUCCAGUUUGUCCUGGCAACAGGGACACCAGGGCCAAGGGGCUAUCUGGACCAAAUGGGGGUGGAAGACCCAGAUGGUAGCUCUGGCCCAGACAUGAAUACCUCAUCUCGGUGUUCCCUAUUGGUUGCUGUUCCACCAGCUGCCCUAGCUUUGUAUCUAUUUGGUGUGUUUCUGAGCAUCCAGGCUCUGUACCCUUGUUUAUAAUAAAUGCAAACAUUUGGA